AUGGCUGCCAACAAGUUUGCAACCAUGUUACACAGAAACACCAACAAAAUCACCCUUGUUCUUGUCUACGCAAUCCUCGAAUGGAUUCUCAUAGUCUUCCUUCUUCUUAAUUCUCUUUUUUCAUAUUUUAUCAUAAAGUUUGCUGAUUUUUUUGGUCUCAAAACACCCUGCAUGUGGUGUGCUAGAAUUGAUCAUUUCUUUGAGUCUGGAAAAACCAUGAACCCUUGUAGAGAUCUUGUUUGUGAAGCUCAUGCUCUUGAGAUUUCGAAACUCGGUUUUUGUUUAAAUCAUCAUAAACUUGCUGAAUUUGAUGAUAUGUGUGAGGAUUGUUCGGUUUCAGUUUCGUUUUCGUCGAAAAGUGUUGAUUUUUUUCCAUGGAUGAAGGAAAUUGAUAGGGUUGAAGGUGGGGUUCAGAAAGAUGAAGAGGGUUUAAGGUGUUCUUGCUGUGGUGUUAAUUUUGAUAACAGAUUUUAUCCUCCUUGUGUUGUGGUUAACCCUUCUAUGAACAUUUUGGAAAAUUUGGAGUAUGAACCGAAUUCAGAGAAGGUGAAUUUGAUCAAAGAAGGUGUGUUUGUUUCAGAAGUUGAUCAUUGUUCAGAUCACAGUAGAUCAGGUUUUUCAGUCGUUCAUCAUGAAAAUCGGGAUAAGAUUGAAGAAAAAAGUGGAAUUCUUGAGUUGUUUGAGGUUGAGCAGAAUUGUGCUUGUUCUGUUUGUGAUGGUGUCAAGGAAACUAUGGUUGAUGAUUUGUACAAGCUUGAAAUUGGUUUAGAGAAAGGGAAAGAAGAAACCUUGGAAGAGGAAAGGUUGAAAUUGGUUGUUCCAAAGGCUAAUGAUGAUGGGGGUGAUGAAGUUUGUGAUCUGAGUAGUGUUGAGGUUGAGAAAAUUGAGGAAGUUCAAACGAAACAUCUUGAUUUUUUCAUUCAUGGUGAUGAUUGCAGAUUGAUUCCUGUUGAAUUGGUUGAUUCCGGUGCCACAGAAAAUGGAAAUCAAAGUAGAUAUAACAAGGGGGUGGAUGAAGGGUUUAGAGAUAAUGAAGAUUUUAUUCUUGACUUCCAUAUGAAUAAUACCGAUGCGGAAGCGAAACCGUUAAUUGAGAAUUGGCACAUUUCAGAUGCAGAAGCUGAACCCUUAAUCGAGAAUUGGCGCAUUUCAGAUGCAGAAGCUGAACCGUUAAUCGAGAAUUGGCGCAUUUCGGGUGAUAUUGUGGCAGAAUUUUCAUGUCAAGAGAAGAAAAUUUUCUACAAGGUCAAUGAGGCUGAAUCAGGGUUACAAGUAGAACAAAAUUUGGAGCAGAAUCAUCAAGAUGAAGACUUGACCAAGGAUGAUAAUGUUGAAGUAAACAUAGAGAGAAUGAUGCAUGGAGAUGGAGAACUAGGUUCAUAUGUUUCUCUAGGUUCUUCUGAAGAUGCAUCACAAACUCAAAGUGACGAAUUUGAAGCAGAAGUAUCAAUUGGGACUGAAAUUCCUGAUCAAGAACAUGUGGAUGAGUAUCAAGGCCAAGACGUACUUUUCGAAACAAAUCAAAGAAUGCAAGACGAUUCAUCUACUAGCUCAGUCAGAUUUUAUGUUCAACAUGAUAGUGGUCAUGACAAAGGUGAAGAAGAGUUUGUAGAAUUUAACACCAUGUCACUUGAAGUGAGAAUGCCAACAUCAAGUAACCAUAUGCCAUCAUCUUUUGAGCUUAAUGAGAACGAGGAGGAAAAGUUUUCUGACACACCGACGUCUCUCGAGAGUCUUCAUCAACUACACAAAAAACUACUUUUUCUCGAGAGGAAAGAGUCAGGAACAGAAGAUUCAUUGGAUGGAAGUGUAAUAAGCGACAUAGAAUGCGGCGAGGUGACGCUUGAUAAGUUAAAAUCAGCCUUAAAAUCAGAAAGGAAGGCUUUGAAAACUUUAUACGCAGAACUAGAAGAAGAACGAAAUGCAUCGGCUGUAGCAGCCAAUCAAACAAUGGCAAUGAUUAAUAGGCUUCAAGAAGAGAAAGCAGCAAUGCAGAUGGAAGCUUUGCAGUAUCAACGAAUGAUGGACGAACAAUCCGAGUACGAUCAAGAGGCUAUGCAGCUUCUGAAUGAUCUUAUGUUAAAGAGGGAAAAAGAGAAGCAUGAGGUGGAAAAGGAGCUUGAAGUGUAUAGAAAAAAGGUUCAUGAAUACGAGGUAAGAGAAAAGAUGAUGUUAUCAAGAAGAGAUAGUAGCAUAAGAAGCAGAACUUCAUCUCUUUCUUGUAGUAACGCCGAGGAUAGUGAUGGAGUGUCCAUUGAUUUCAAUCAAGAAACAAAGGAAGAAAAUGGUUUUCACAACAAUCAUCAAGAAUGCAGCAGCAACCAGAACACUCCGGUAGAAGCUGUCUUAUAUUUGGAGGAAUCAUUAUCAAGUUUUGAGGAAGAGAGGUUAUCGAUACUCGAACAGCUUAAAGUUUUGGAAGAAAAGCUAAUUAUCUUGAAUUAUGAAGAAGACCACUGCUUUGACGAUGAUACUACAUCGAUAGAACAUCUUCGUGAAGAGAACGGAAACGGAUAUCAUGAUGGCGGUCAUGAUCAUGAUCAUGAUGAUCACCAAGGUCAGGUAAAUGGAUUUGUAAAUGGUAAUGGAAAGCAUCAUCAAGGGAGGAAAAUCACGGCCAUAAAAGCCAAGAGGCUUCUUCCUCUUUUCGAUGCAAUCAGUACAGAAACCGAAGAUGUAGAGUUGAGUGGAGAUGAAAAUGAAUUAGACUUUUCUCAGUUGCAAAAAAUUUCGGCAGAAAAGGCAAAUUUGGAUAAGAAAAAGAUUGGUUUAGAAGAGGAAGUGGAUCAUGUUUAUGAGAGACUACAGGUGCUGGAGGCAGAUAGAGAGUUUCUAAAACACUGCAUCAGUUCAUUGAGAAAAGGCGAUAAAGGGUUACAUCUUCUACAAGAAAUUUUACAGCAUCUACGCGAUCUAAGGAAUGUGGAACUCAGACUCAAGAACACAGGAGAUCUUGCAGUGUAA